CCUAUACCUAGUAGUACUAGGUAUGUACGAUGUAGCCAAAAAUAGUACAUGGAUGUUGUACCUACCUUUUACAUUUGAAAGCUUCAAUUGUUCAGCCUCCACUUCGCAACCACACAUGCAUGCCUACCUUGGGUAUAGAUGUAUGGAUGUAGGUUGGAUAUACUGCACAUUUUAUCAGUAGAAGGUAUUGCAAAUAUCAUUCCCUUUACAUCAUCUGUACCUCAAUUCACUUCUAUCUACACAACCAUAUUUACUUCACCUGGCGUAGUUCGAACUCUUCAUUCAAGAGCUUCGUCCCAUUGCGGUAGUCUCGUUCAUGAUCACGUCGCAUCACACCAUCAUACCUACCAACAAAGCACGCUAGCAGAAAAAGGUGCUAGAUCUAGACACGAUGGAUACAAUGGAUCUUGAUGUCGAGAUGGAUGUGGAUGUCGACCUCGUACCUGACGAGCCAAUAAUUCCGGAGCCUGAGCUACAAGAUGCCCCGGGCAAUCGCUCUCCCGGAGAAGUGGACGACGUAACCGACAACGAUACCCCGGUGCCUACCAAAGUCCACAUAAGAGGUCUCGAUGUCAUGAACCCAGACGACGUCAAAUCUUACGUUGCCGAGCAUUUCCCAGAUGAGCCCGUGAGAAAAAUAGAAUGGAUAGACGAUUCUUCGGCCAAUCUCCUGUUUGCUUCAGAUUUGAUAGCGACGCGCGCCCUUAACUCUCUCAUAGCCGAAGAUGUCCAAGACGUUACUCAGCUUUCCACCCGGAAAGCAAUAAAUGCAAAGUCGUUUUCGAAGAGGCCGGAAGUUUCACUACAAGUACGAUUAGCUGUGGUCGCCGAUAGGAAGCAGGCAGGCUCUGCUUCGAGAAGCAGAUUCUACCUUCUGAAUCCCGGGUACGAUCCAGAAGAGCGGUGGCGACGAAGCGAGGCCCGGAGAUAUCGCGAUCGGGGCGGCGAUAUUUAUGGUCGCAGGCGAGAAAGAGAGUCUCGAUACCAAGAGUUUGAGGAUCAAUUUGAUGCCAGCCUUUAUGACGAUGACGAAGCUACAUUGACUAAUCGAGCAUUGCAAUCGCGACCUCGUCCCAAGCGAUCAUAUGCGUCAGACACAAGCGAUGACAAAUGGGGGAGAGCAGAUACAUACCGGAAUGAAAAUCGAGGCAAAGAAUUGUUUCCCCUAAUUUCGAGCGGUAGGAGUGGAUCUCAACGACAACGAUCAGCUUCUCCUCGAGAUCGGCACGGCGACGAAACGGUAGGUAACGCCACGGAGGUUGGACCGGCGAACCGAAAUCGCGAAAGAGCCCGCGCGAUCAAGAGCCGACUUUCUCGCACUAAUCGGGCCAGGGAGCUUUUUCCAGACGAACCAACGACAGAAGCAGGGCGUCUCGGAGAUGAUGUGGAGGAUACAACCACUCUACUAUCUAAGGGAAUCAUACUUCCCCUGAUGGAUGGGAGCAAUGACACACCGACGAAUGGGACCCCAAAACUAGAGGAUAGGAUUACAUUUCCCGGGAAGGGGCAGGGCUUCAGCAUUCGGGGUACGGCUAGUCAAAGAAGCACAGAUCAGGGAUUUGCAAUCAAGGGGAAUGCUGGCAAGUCAGCGAAAGAAUUGUUUCCCGAAAAACUUGGUAUUAAUUCGGGGAAGGAACUAUUCGCGGAUAGACUCGAGGGUAGAUUAAGACAGAGGCAGAGGGCGGGGGAUCUGUUCGACUGACGAGACGUUCAGCGAGAUGCUUCCCACGCCAUUCUUUCCGGUAUAUCCGUGUCGGUGGGAAAAGUGCCUAGGGAAGGGUAUGCAAUUGCGUUGAUCUUGCUUUAUACCAUUAGACAAUUCAUCCAACAACGCCUUGAGAGAA